AUGAAAGUUUGUGAUAUGGAGUUCAUGAAGGGUGAAAAGGUUUUUCAAAAAGUAUCCCCUAUGAAAAAAGUCAUGAGAUUUGGUCAAAAGGGUAAUCUAAGCCCUAGGUGCAUAGGUCCUUACAAGAUUUUGGAUGGAAUCGGGUUGGUGGCAUAUAGACUUUCUUUACCUUUGAUAUUGUCUAUCGUUCAUCCUGUAUUUCACGUGUCUAUGCUUAGACGAUAUGUUCAUGAUGAUAGCUAUAUGAUUCAACCAGAGGACAUGGAGCUCAAUGAGAAUUUGACCUAUGAGGAAGGUCCGAUAACCAUUCUUGAUAGGCAAGUGCGACAAUCGGGGUCAAAGAAG